AUGGAAGCCCAGGUGACGGUGAUUUGGAAAACAAUAAUCGUCACCAUCGUUACGAAUAUUAUGUCGAGCAUCAUCCCCGUGGACCUGGUAUCCUUUGCGACGGACCCGUUGUACCUGAAUACCCUAGUCACUACCAAUGCCUCCAACCCCAGUGUCAUCAACCUUCUCGCAUACGAUGAAAGCUUCGUGUCUGUGGUCGGAGAGAAUGCAACAGCGCGACAACUUCACAAUCUCGAUUGGCAAGCUUUCCACGAGGCCGGUGUUUACAAUAGGGAUGCAAAGAAGCUUUACGUCACAAGCAACUGGGCCGGCGACUUGAACAACCCCAUCAACGUUACGAUAAUCGACCUGGCAAACAACUAUUCUAUCAGCUCAACACGGUACUCAGCUCUUGCGGAAGCUAAUGGUGCAACGUCCUACUAUCCACCUGGUACCCAGACCAACAGCUCGACCCCAUCACGCGUCUUGUACUGUGACCAAGGUGAUCUAGUCAACCCAGCAGGUCUGGUAUCCGUAGACCCCGUCACAGGCGAGUCUGAAAAGAUCCUGAACAACUACCUUGGUCGGAAUUUUAGCUCACCCAACGACGCACGUCAACAUCCUGUGACAGGCGACAUUUGGUUCACAGACGCGGACUAUGGCUACAUCCAACACUUCCGACCUGCACCGACCAUCCCCAAGCAUGUUUACCGCUUCUCUCCCGGGACUGGUGAAAUUGCUGCUGUGGCAGAUGGAUUCACUCAACCCAACGGCCUUGAGUUCAGCCCUGACUAUAAGACGCUAUACGUUUCUGACACCGGCGCUGUGGAGUUUGACAAAAACCUUACGCGGCCAGCAACACUAUACGCUUUCGAUAUUACGGAAGACGGAAAGAGGCUGACUGGAAGACGCACAUUCGCUUACUCAGACAACGGGUUUCCUGAUGGUUUGCACACAGAUACGGAGGGUAAUGUUUGGGCUGGAUGUGGUGACGGCAUACACAUUUGGAAUCCCCUGGGAACGCUAAUUGGAAAGAUCUGGGUUGGUGUUGAGACAAACAACUUUGCCUUCCUGCCAGGCGCUGUGUUGGUCUUCAGCAACGCACAGUUGUGGAUUGUCGAGAACUUGAAGGCUGUGGGGAGGGAGAUUAGCAAAGACUUUGGGGUCUGA